UGGUUAAACAUUUAAUCAUAAAUAAAAUUACUAGCUUAAGAUUUUUUCAUGAUUUCUAAAAUACAGCUAACUGUAAAUCUAUAAAGCUAAUAAAAUUGAUAUUAUCAAAAAUUAUGAUGAAUUGGAAUUUAUUAGAGCCAUGAUGACAAGAUGGAUUUUGCGAUGAGAUGAAUUAACUUUCUCAUGUGUUGUUUUACUUCAGUUUCUUACCGACAUAUUCUGAAUGGUGAACCAAUAAGAAAGAAUAACUCGAUAAGCCUAGUUAUAUUUGAAGACUCAAAACGAAGGGCUUAAGCUCUCUUCUAAGUCGUACGAUCAGGUUGUUAGAUCUGCAGAGAGUUAUGGAGCCACCAUCGAUCUUAAUCUGUUGGGCCCUCAUCCACCAGACCAAGAGGAGAGAGCGUAAAAAUAUGUACAAGAUAAUGGUAGAUGAUAGAAACAUAUUUUGUGGUUUAGUGUAAUCAACAUUAUAGAAGACGGAAGAUGCAUGCUGUAACACUCUUAGCACUGUACGAUAGUGAGUUCUUCUUUUUUUUUGAUAAGUAUUUGAAUUUUCAUUAACUUGUUAAUGACACAAGGAGAUUACAGGUUUUUUGAAGAACUCAAAUCCUAUAAAUCUAAUAGGCUAAUUAAAGCACAAAUGCUAAAGAGAGCCACAAAAAAGGUAAAACGACUCUGUAGAACAACAAAUCAUUUUAGAUGUACGGUUAUUACAAAUAGCCACGGAAACACUCUAACUGGCUCAGAGUGUUUGAUCCUCCUUUGUUCCCGCUUGUUUUCAUUUUAAUCAAAAGCACUUACUUAACCAUCCACUAACACUUAUCUCCCAUCACUCUCUCCCACUAUCUCUCUUCUCGUAACCAACCCGACUCUUUGUCUUAUAAAAAUCCUAAUUUAUUAACCCUAGAACCAGAUUCACUCCAUUGUUGUUUACUCUCGGGAUAAGAAAGUUAAAAAAAAAAGAGAUGUUUCUUUGGCUAGUAAUUGUCUUAAUGGUUUCUGGUUCAGUCUCUUCAAAUGAAUACAAACUCCAUUGGGUUAUUCCUCCUGCAAAUGUUUCAACAAGUCUUAACGAUUGGGCUUCCAGUCAACGGUUCCAAGUUGGAGACACCAUUCGAUUCAAGUACAAGAAAGAUUCGGUGAUGCAAGUGACAAAGGAGGGUUAUAUGCAAUGCAAUUCGUCGCACCCAAGAUUCUACUCGAAUACGGGCAAGACCCGGUUCAUGUUUGAUCACUCAGUUCCUUACUAUUUCAUAAGUGGAACGUCUGGUCACUGUGAAAAAGGUCAGAAAAUGAUCGUCGAGGUCAUGACUCACGACCGUACCACCACAUCCGUAGCUCCUACGCCUGCAAUUGCCGUUUGGUUGUGUUUCUUCAGCUUCACGUUAUCUCUUGUAGCUUAGUGUCAGUGUUAGAUUUAGGUUCAAAUUAGCUUGUUUAUGUUUGCUGCUUCUAUGGUAAUUUCGUAUUCUUUUAAAAAAAAAAUUAGAGCUCAUAUAUUUGCUAGUUGUAUAGUUUUAUAUAAACUUUUAUUUGUGAGUCUAGUCUCUCUUUUCUUAAUAUACCUAGUGGAGAUUGUUUGACAUUAAGAAAACACAUAGAUUUGUUUUUCAUUCCAUACCACUGUUUUCAUAAUUACCAUUUAAAUAAACAAAUAACACUUAAAAUUUCUUUUAAAAUAUACACUUAAAUGUGACAUAGCUUCCAAUUUUUUUUAAUGUUUUAGACCAUCUCUAAUGGUUUAUUCUUCUUUUUUUAGAGUAACUUUAUAAUAGAGUUGGAUGUUGCUCCAAUGGUACUAGAGUGAUGAAUAAAAAAUAAAAAAAUUAGUAAAAAGUAAUUUUACACUACUAUAGAGUAGAAAAUAGAGUACCAUUGGAGUAUUUUUACUCUAAACUCUAUUUUAGAAGAGAAAAAUAGAGUGGGGUUUGAGAUACCUUUACUAUUAUUACAAAAAAAUUAUUCGUUUAC